ACACCAAUUGCCACGAAGCAUUUUGCUGUGUGGGGACCCUCUGGGAAGCGUGGUUUUCCCACGGAGUGGAGCGCGCUGCAGAUUUGCAUAAAUCCCAGCGGAUGGGGUCACCCGCCGCGCGCCCACGGACUGAACUCCGAGAGCUGCGCUGCUGGGGGCGAAUCGCUGGAAGGACGUUCCCGGAGCAGUUCCGUGCUGAUGUCGCUCUUUUCCUUCCCAGCGGCGGAGUUCGGGGAGCCGGCUUCCGAGCAGACGGGGGCAGCUGCUGGGAAAACGGUGGCCCAGCCCGCAGCCCCCGCGUCCUGGAAGCCCCAGGAUUCUCCGGAACAGCCACAGGAGAGGCUCUGCAGGAAUCCCUGUGCGAUGUUUGCUGCUGGAGAGAUCAAGACGCCGACGGGGGAGGGCCUCUCCGACUCACCCAGCAAAACCAUGUCUAUUAAAGAAAGAAAGUAAAAUGGAUGACUUUUCUGAACUGCAUUUAGAGAUUUUAUGUCAGGUAAUAGCUUGAAAGAUUCCGUUUGAGCAUCAAAUAACACAGUAGCCUCAUUUCUUUCAAAGAAUGAUGUAGGGUGCAGAGGAAUAUAUUUAAAUGAGACAGAUACAGAGAACUAGAAGUUAAUUACCUUUGGGAUAUGUUUUCUUGUUAACCUCUAACC